AUGGCUGAUUCGGGCGGCGAGCGGGCUGGCAUCCCGACGAGAUCUUUCUACGCAAAAAAUGAUAUCACAGCGAGGGACAUUCUGGAGCGUGUCGUCACUGGUGAAGACGUGAGUGACUUUAGCGAUCUCUCCGAAAGUGAAGACGAAGACCGGAACCCCCCCGACUGUGCGGAAACCGAAGACGAAGAUUGGGACCUUCCUCAGACUGCAGGUCACGAGGACGGAAAUGACGAGGAAGAAGAGCUGGAAGACUACUGCGGCCCAUCCAUGGCAUCGACCUCCGUUCCCGGAAACAAAUGGAAAAAAGAUCUGCUCCAGGUACCUCACCCAGAUUUUUCAAGAACAUUCAGUGAGCCGAACGAUUUGGAAUCUCCUAUCACGCUCUUCAGGAAGUUCCUCGCAAACGACAUGCUAAAGAGGUUAGUCGAGCACACAAACCUCUACAGCACGCAGAAGUACGGAAGUUCGGUCAAUACCACUGCUUUGGAACUUGAGCAGUAUAUUGAUACAAUGUCUCGUAACCGUUUCUUGAGACUUAUGAAGUGCCUCCACGUUGUUAAUAACCUGGAAGUUACAGAAGAAGAGAAGAAGGACAAGCUGUGGAAGCUUCGACCCUGGAUUUUGGGACUGCAACGCAAUCUUGCAAGCAUCGAAAAAGAGGAAUUUAAUGCGGUUGAUGAAAUCAUGGUCGCAUUUACAGGGAGGAGCUUUCUAAAACAAUACAUUCCCAACAAGCCGACACCAUGGGGGUUCAAGCUAUGGGGACGAGCUGGUACGACUGGCAUUCUUUACCAGUUUGAAGUUUACCAGGGACAGUCCAAUCAAGAAUACAGAUAUGGGCUUGGAGGCGACACUGUCCUUAGCAUGUGCAGUGAAGUGCCAUCCGAUGAAGGUUUCAAAGUUGCAGCUGACAACUUUUUUAGCAGCUUGGAUCUUGUGGAAGAGCUCACUGGAAGAGGCAUCCAAUUUGUUGGAACGUUGCGCCAAAACAGACUCGGAGAUUGCAAGCUUUUGGAUGAAAAAACUUUGAAAAAGCUUGGCCAAUGCGCACAUGACCAUAGAAUGGAUAAUGCGAAACGCCUUGCUGUUGUUCGUUGGUUUGACAGAAAAGCCGUGACACUUGUGUCAAACUUUGUGUCGGUAGAGCCAGUAGGACAUGUAAAAAGGUAUGACCGUAAAGCCAAGGUGCACAUUGAUGUCCCCCGGCCGGAUAUCGUGGCUGUUUACAACAGUUUCAUGGGAGGUAUUGACCAGCACAACUACCACGUAUCCCUGUACAAGUACACCAUCAGGUCUAGGCUCUGGUAUUUAUACAUAUUUUACCACACCAUCUACAUCUGUGUUGUGAAUGGAUGGAAUAUCCACAGGCGCCAAUGUGCGCAGCUUAACACAAAGCCAAUGAAGCUAAGAACAUUCAUUGCAAUGUUGUCGGAAAGCUUGAUGCUGUCAGGGAAAGCUCCAAGGGGACGGCCGGCGUGCUUGCCAUCACCUCCAGCGAAGAAAAGGAAAGUUACGCCAAAAGAGCUGCAAAACGACAUCCGAAAGGAUGGUGUUGGGCACCUACCACUUGUCACCAGCAACAGGCUACGAUGCAAGAACUGUGUACCAAGCGCAAACAGAUUCAGCUCCAUCAUCUGUGCAAAGUGUGAAAUCACCCUGUGCCUCAACAAGGACAGAAACUGCUUCUAUGAGUACCACAAGCCAUGA